UGGUUUCAAUGAGAGGGCAUCAGUUUUGACUCGAAUCCUUUCCUUCUCCUUCCUCCUUUUUAUCGCCAUCUUUCACAUUCCUCUUUUGCUUCUCUUUUUCUUUUUCUUCUGUUUCAAGUUCGCUCUCUUGAAUCUUAUUCCAUUUCUAUUAGCCCUUCCUACUAUAUAUUCUGUGUGUCUCUCUCUCUCUUUCUAUUGUGAGAUUACAGUUACAUAUCUUGGAUGUUGGUGACGAGAUGGCUGUGGAAUUGAUGAUGGGUUAUUCUGCUGAUAGUUUUGCAGCUAAAAUGCAAGAAAGUGCUGUAAGGGAAGCUGCGACUGCUGGGAUCCAGAAUGUUGAGGAGGUCAUAAAAUUGCUCAAACAAAAUCAACCGCAACAGCAGCAGUAUUACCCUGAGUUAUCAUCUAAUAAUCCUUCUGGUUCAGAUGAUAUUAUGGCUGUUACAGAUGCAGCCGUCAACAGCUUCAAGAAAGUUAUUUCUCUUCUGGGUCGGACCAAUCGAACCGGCCACGCCCGAUUUCGAAGGGCCCCCGUUUCUACUGCUUCUGCUCCCCAGCUCCCGCAGCAGCAGGUUCAAGAUCCAGGGCCUUCUGUUCGACCUAUUAAUUCUCAGCAAACAGAGCAAGUUUCUGCUUUUAAAGUUUACCAACCGACCCCAGUUCAUCGUCUACCUCCUUUGCCUAAUAAUCACAAUCAGCAGGCAAAGCCUCUUUUGGUGACAAAGAAUGGGUUUUCAGAGAGGAACGAGAUGCCUUCUUCUAUCAAUUUCUCUAAUUCACCUUCAAUCUCUGCCGCUACUUCUUUUAUGUCUUCUUUAACAGGGGAAACCGAUAGUGUACAGCGCUCUAUGUCCUCUGGAUUUCAAUUCGCCCAACCCACUGUCGGUAAACCUCCUUUAUCAUCAACUUCCCUCAAAAGAAAGUGUAGUUCCAUGGAUGACGCUGCUCUCAAGUGCGGCUCCUCUUCUGGCCGCUGCCAUUGCUCCAAGAAAAGGAAAUCUAGAGUGAAGAGAGUAAUUAGAGUUCCGGCAAUUAGCAAUAAGAUGGCUGAUAUUCCACCCGAUGAGUAUUCCUGGAGAAAAUACGGUCAAAAGCCAAUCAAAGGCUCCCCUCAUCCAAGGGGAUAUUACAAGUGCAGUAGCAUGAGAGGAUGCCCAGCUCGCAAACAUGUGGAGAGAGCUCUAGAUGAUUCGAUGAUGCUGAUCGUCACCUACGAAGGUGAUCACAAUCACUCACACUCUAUCAACGAUGCACCCGCCGUUCGAGUAGUGGAAUCAUCAUCCUAAAAAGUCAACUCAUCGAAGGGCUGAGAAACGUUCGUACCUAGUUUAAUCACAGCCGUGCAUGAUAUUAAAUCCUCAGAUAGUCAACGAGGAGUGGGCUUAGUGGGCACGUUAGGUGCCUAAGAAGAAAAUAUAGGAUUCCUAUAUUUUGUCCUCUCCUUUUCUCCUUGAAUACUUUGUUUAGAAAUGGUAAAAAAAAAGAAAAAAAGAAAAAAAAGAAAAAGGUUAGAAAAGAGUAGAUGUUGUGGAUUUGGUGGAGUUGAAUCAUGCUGAGUAGUGGAGUUUUUUUUUUUUU